AUUGUGCGGAGUGCGUCUCAAUCCUCACAUUCACAGCUGUAGCUUGGAAGUAAAUAGUGGCGGCUAGAUCCACACCUUACACCGGGUAAUAAUGGCAGUGAGGAGGUAUGUCCUCUGUUUUGGACUAAUUUUGGUAUUCUUCGUCAUGCAGCAUGGCGUUUUUGGAGACGGGACCACCUCAAGUGACAUUGCUUAUCUCCGUAACACACUGGAGACAAUGCAAAUGAAACUGGAGAAGAUGGACAGCAAACUGGUGACAGUAAGCCAAGGUUUGCAACAAGUGCAGCGGGAAAUAAAUGAAUUGACAAGAUGUCAGGCUCCUUUUGUCCAGCUAAGUGGUCGAUGCUACUUCUUCUCCUGUAUGCAGAAAUCAUGGUCACAUGCACAAGCCUAUUGCAGGAGCAUUUCUUCACAUUUGGCAAGAAUAACUUCUCAGCGUGGGAACAAUAUGAUUGUCUCCUACGUACGGAAUUAUUUUUCUGUCAACUUCAACUGGUGGCUGGGUGGCAAUGACAUGGCACAGGAGGGCAGGUGGGUCUGGGUGGGUACCAACAAAGUUAUGAGUUACACGAACUGGUAUCCAGGACAACCUAGCAACUACAAAGGAAUAGAGCACUGCUUGCUGCUGUUGUGGUCACACAUCCAGCAUAGAUGGAAUGAUGCACCGUGUGGCCUUGCAAAGAAUUUCAUUUGUCAAAAGUAGCAGAGAUAGUCAUUUCCCUGACUUGCCAAGUUGUUGAAGAUAUCGAUUAGGUGAAAUUGAAAGAUAUCAUUAAACAGAUAAGGGGGUUUUAUUGGAGUACAACUAGUUGCAUUCUCAUCUCGCUUAUAUAUGUGGAACUUCUCAAUGCUGCCUUUAUUAUUAUUAUUUGGACUUAUUUGAUAUCUUCAGUAAUUUCUCACAUUUUCUGCUCAAAAUAUCAGUUUUAAUUUGAUUCUUUAUUUAUCUGUGAAGCAUAAAAAUUCAUAAGCUUUAUUUGAACUUAUUUUGUAUUUACCCAGGAGUUAUUAAUAGUAAGACUGUUGAUAUAACCAGAUGAAACAAAAGCGUAGAACAACGCUUUCUUUAAAAUGAAAUGAGUGAUCAGAAUUCAGUCACAAUCCUCUUGCUAAUUUGAUGCUUUUAUUUGCCGAUGUCAGAUAAAUUUACAUUAGCUUGAAUCUGUCUUUGUUAAUGCUUACAUGUUAUUCAGAGAAAUAAAAGCUUUUGCGCACGA